GCCUAUAAAUAACGCGGGGACAGACGGUUGGGAUCAGUUGCUCUCGCAGCCUCAGAGGGAUCUUACAGCACACUAGGUCAUCAUCUCCUCACACCAGCAACAUGAGGGAAAUCGUACAUCUGCAGGCAGGACAAUGCGGCAACCAGAUCGGCGCCAAGUUCUGGGAAGUCAUCAGUGACGAACAUGGCAUUGACCCAACUGGUACCUACCAUGGAGACAGUGACCUCCAACUGGAAAGAAUCAAUGUUUACUACAAUGAAGCAACUGGUGGCAAAUAUGUUCCCCGUGCUGUCUUGGUGGAUCUGGAGCCUGGUACUAUGGACUCAGUGCGUUCAGGACCUUUUGGACAGAUCUUCAGACCAGAUAACUUUGUCUUUGGCCAGAGUGGUGCUGGAAACAACUGGGCUAAAGGACAUUACACAGAGGGAGCUGAACUGGUUGACUCCGUAUUAGAUGUUGUGAGGAAGGAAGCAGAAAGUUGUGACUGUCUCCAGGGUUUCCAGUUGACCCACUCCUUGGGGGGUGGCACUGGGUCUGGUAUGGGUACACUCCUUAUCAGCAAAAUCAGAGAAGAAUACCCCGACAGAAUCAUGAACACUUUCAGCGUUGUGCCCUCCCCCAAAGUGUCUGAUACUGUAGUAGAGCCAUACAAUGCCACACUGUCUGUUCACCAGCUUGUAGAAAACACAGAUGAAACCUACUGCAUAGAUAAUGAAGCCCUGUAUGACAUCUGCUUCAGAACCCUGAAACUUACCACCCCCACCUAUGGUGACCUGAACCAUCUGGUAUCGGCCACCAUGAGUGGUGUCACCACUUGCCUGCGCUUCCCUGGCCAGCUGAACGCUGACUUGCGUAAACUGGCUGUGAACAUGGUGCCUUUCCCCCGUCUGCACUUCUUCAUGCCUGGCUUUGCCCCACUGACCAGCCGUGGCAGCCAACAGUACCGCGCCUUAACUGUGCCGGAACUGACACAGCAGAUGUUUGAUGCCAAGAACAUGAUGGCUGCUUGUGACCCACGUCAUGGCCGCUACCUGACCGUGGCUGCUGUUUUCAGAGGCCGUAUGUCCAUGAAGGAGGUGGAUGAGCAGAUGCUCAAUGUGCAGAACAAGAACAGCAGCUACUUUGUGGAAUGGAUCCCCAACAAUGUAAAAACAGCCGUCUGUGACAUCCCACCCCGAGGCCUGAAGAUGUCUGCUACCUUCAUCGGUAACAGCACAGCCAUCCAGGAGCUGUUCAAGCGUAUCUCCGAGCAGUUCACCGCUAUGUUCCGUAGAAAGGCCUUUUUGCAUUGGUACACUGGUGAGGGUAUGGAUGAGAUGGAGUUCACUGAAGCUGAGAGCAACAUGAAUGACCUGGUGUCCGAAUACCAGCAGUACCAGGAUGCUACAGCAGAAGAGGAAGGAGAAUUCGAGGAGGAGGCUGAGGAAGAGGCUGCAUAAGGCGUUCUACCUAAUGUUGUAAAUUAUGUCUAAAGCUGUAACAUCUCUCGUCUUGUUCAUGAAACUGUUUUUUCUUGAUGUUCAUGUUUAUUUGUGUUUAACUUUUUCUCCUGUUCCUCAUUUUGUGCUGUACAGAACUUCACACCACCAUUAAAGCAUUUUUCAUAA